CACUGCGCAUGCCCAGCCCGCCCGCUUCCAGAACUUUCAGUGGGAAGGCUACAGGCAUAGCUCACGCCGCCGCCGGUGCUACUGCUGGGUUCUCCUGCUGCUCGUGCUGAUUCGGCCAGAGGAGCAUAUUGAGAGAAAGAAGAGAAAAAUGAAGACAGGACAUUUUGAUAUGGUCACCAUGCUGCUGGCAGCUAUGAUUCUGAUGGACAUUUUCCAGGUGAAGGGUGAAAUGUUAGACAUGGCAGAUAAUGCAUUUGAUGAUGAAUACCAAAAAUGCACGGGCAGGAUGGAAGUCAAAUAUGUUCCCCAAUUGCUCAAGGAGGAGAAAGCAAGCCAUCAGCUCUUGAAGGAUGUGUGGGAAAAUGCAGAAGCCAAAUGGGAAGCCCGGAAGACUCGCAUCGUUGUCCCUAUGAGUUUUAAAGAUAACCAUGGAAUAGCACUGAUGGCGUACGUUUCUGAAGCUCAAGAGCAGACUCCCUUUUACCAUAUGUUCAGUGAAGCUGUGAAGACAGCCGGCCUAUCUCGAAAAGAUUAUGUCUAUGACUUCCAGUUCAAAGCUUUUCAUUUUUAUCUGACAACAGCCCUGCAGUUGCUGAGAAGACCUUGUGAGGACAGUUACAAAACUGUGGUGUAUAGUAUAAGCCAGGAUGUCUCAUUUACAUUUGGAGGGCUAAACCAAGCCAGAUUUGGCCAUUUCGUCUUGGCGUAUUCAGCCAAACCUCAAGCUGCUAAUGACCAACACAUUUUGUUAACCAUCCACACGUGCUUUGGAGUCGCCAUUGAACAUUUUUUUGAUAAAGAAAGUGAAAGAAUUAUUUUAAUACCUCUGAAUGAGAUUUUUAAUGUGUCACAGGAUGGGGCCAGCAAUAACCUUAUCCUUCAAAGCACAAACAAGACCUGCAGCCAUUAUGAGUGUGCGUUUCUAGGUGGACUAAAAACUGAAAAUUGUGUUGAGAACAUGGAACAUCAUCUACCCAUCUAUAUCUACAACCCUGGUGAGAAAGACCAGAACCUUGAAGACCCUGGAAUGAAAAGCCAGGAACCCACUGUCUUACCUGGUAUGACAAGCCAUGAACCCACCCAAAUACCUGGAAUGAAAAUUCCAGAAGCUUUUUCACUACCAGGAAUAAAAGUGGUACAACUGGAUGAAAAACCUGAAGACAAAAGUCAAGAAGAUAUUGGCAAUCCUGCUCCAGGUCCAGUUCCAGGUCCCAAAACCCAUCCAUCUGCAUCCUCUGGAAAAAUGUUCCUUCCACCAUUGGAGACUUUCAUCAUUUUAAUCAGUGCUUCUGCUGGAAAUCUCUUUGUUGCUUUGUAGCCUAAUAUAUUCUUUAUUUACUUAAAAUAUACUCAAGGAAUCCCACAGGAAACCAUCAACAGGAAUGAUGUAUUUUUUACUUGUUGGUCAAAGUCACUUGAUAAAAUGAGAACUGAGUAUUUGUUAUUUACUUCGUAAAUUCAGAGUUGUCCAGAUAUGUCAGAGAAUUCAUUUUUCAUUUAUUUCUGUAUUUAUGAUUGCAAAAAACCCUGUGUACUUCUGAUUGAAUUCAAUAAAAGACUUUAAGAUUAUUGGA